GAAAUCGGAGUUCAAUGAGGACCAGGCAGCCUGCUGUCAGAUCUCUGUCCGGAGGAGAGAGCCAGGCCUGGAGGAGGAUGAGGAAUGGCUGAUCCUAUGCUCCAUGCAGUUUCUAACCGGUUACUACUGGGCGCUGUUUGAUGGCCAUGGUGGCCCCGACGCUGCCAUCAUUGCCUCCAACUACCUGCACUACUGCAUCAAGCAGAAGCUGGAGGAGGUGGUGGGAGGCAUCACAGAGGCCCAGCCCCCCAUGCACCUCAGCAGGCGCUGCGUUUGCGACAGUGACCCCCAAUUCGUGGAGGAGAAGCACAUCCACGCAGCAGACCUGGUGGUGGGAGCACUGGAGAAUGCCUUCCAGGAAUGUUCAGUUUUGGUUCUGGAUUUCUGCUGGGAGACACGUCAAACUUUAAACCAACAGGAUGAAGUCAUCGGCCAGGAGAUGGAAGCUAUGAACCAGUCAGGAGGCUGCACUGCUCUGGCUGCCCUGUAUUUCCAGGGAAAGCUGUAUGUGGCUAAUGCUGGGGACAGCAGGGCCAUUCUUGUCCUGAAAGACAACGUUGUGCCCAUGAGCAGCGAGUUCACACCUGAGACAGAGAGGCAGCGAAUCCAGCACUUGGCUUUUCUUUUCCCAAAGCUCCUGGAUGGAGAGUUUACACGCUUCGAGUUUCCACGGAGGUUGAAGGGAGAUGACGUGGGCCAGAAAGUUCUGUACCGGGAUUACUUCAUGGAGGGCUGGGGAUACAAGACGGUGGAGAAAGCUGACCUCAAGUAUCCUCUUGUCCAUGGUCAUGGCAAGCAGGCUCGCUUGCUGGGGACUCUGGCUGUCUCUCGAGGCCUGGGGGAUCAUCAGCUCAAAGUCAUCGACACCAACAUUGAAGUCAAACCUUUCCUCUCCUGCAUUCCCAAGGUAAAUGUGUUUGACUUUGCUCUGCAUGACAUUAAGGAAGAUGAUGUCCUCAUCAUGGCAACUGAUGGCCUUUGGGAUGUUCUGUGCAACAGCGAGGUGGCCCACAUGGUCAGGAGCUUCCUUGCAGAAAACAGGACAGAUCCUCAAAGAUUUUCAGAACUGGCCAAAUGUUUGGUGUGCAGAGCAAGGGGAAUGAAGAGAGGCCACCAGUGGAUGCUGGAUGACAGCCAUGAGGCAUCCUAUGAUGACAUCUCUGUAUUUGUCAUUCCACUACACAACAAGGAGGAGGACUGACUGUUAGGAUGACACGCAGAACCUCUGUGUUCCCCCACUGUGGUGCCGUUCAGCAUCAAACCGAGACUGAGGGAUUUCUGCUGUGUGUACACACUCUGUUCCAGCAAAAUCAUUUGCAGUGGAACCUGAAAAUGCACAGCCAGCACUUAACAGAGGAUGAACAAGAUUAGCUCCUUAAAAACUUGCAAGAGAGCAACACUGGGCAACAAAUCAUUCCCCUUUCUCGUUGUUGGGCCAAGGGUAAAUUGCAAAGGGGGCCAUGCAAGCUGAAGGGUACUAUUUCCAAUAUCUCUGCGGUACAGCAACACUCAAAUCCAUAUUUCUACUGAACCUUCUCCCUUUUUAAUACUGAACAGUAAGGAUCAAUUGAGAUCCACCCAGUGUGAAAAGCUGGCUUUUAAUCAGACUUGAACUGGAUGCAUAAGCUAAAGCAUCUCUCAUAUGCAUUUGCUGUAAUGUGAGAUGUGCUGAAAACCCAGGAGCUGCUGCCAAGCCAGCACUGGGCACAGCCGUGCCUGCGGCAUGGGAACACUGGAGCGGGAGCCCAGACCUUGAGACAGUUGCCAUUUGUAGGCAGCACCACCUCAAACCAGACGAUGUUGGCUGGUGAAGCUACACACUGGUGUACAGGAGCCUCCUGUGCAAAGAGACGUACGUGCCUUACUGUUAUUGAGGAACAUUGUAUUGGUAGCACAAUGUACAGAUUUCUAACAAAUCUUAGUCCACAUUGCUGACACUUUUUCUAUUCAGGUCAUUUCUGACAGCAAAGCUGGUUUUGUAGCAGGAGCACUGAUGAGAACUGAAGUGUCUCCAUAUAUCAGGUGAUUUAGUAAAAGAGCUCCAAGUAAAAUAAAACCGGUUUGUUGCAA